UCGCAAAACUACAUGGUGGUCGAAGACGGGCUCCUCGUCGUCGUGAACGGCAUUGGCAUCCCAGUUCUUAUUCGCGCGUACGGCGACGUCCUUGUGCCGCCGAAUGCAGCAGUCAGCGUCGUCAGUGCCCUCUUCCAUGCAACGCUUGACUCGAAGUUGGUGCUCGCAUCCGUUGCUAGCCCGGCGUACGCCAUCACGUACCGGCACUUGCCAGCGAGCGGCGUGCUUCUCGCCUUCUUCCAUCGCCGCGCAUGCAUCGACGCCCUAUUGUUAUGGCUAGAGCACUGUCUUUGCUUGCUACUGGGGCCGACCUUGCUCAUGUCGACGGACGCUGGCGCCCUCAAGUUUGAGCUAGCGCGCAGCCACGUGGUCGAAUCGCUCGACUGGCUCGUCGCCCACCGUGCAGACAUGGACCUCGCACUCGGUCUGCCUCUCUCGACGCCCGGCGACAUUGCUUGCUUGGACGACAUCUUGACAUGGGCGAGCGAUAUGUAUGUUCUCUCGAAUGGCGUUGUCGUCGGCGACCGCGGCGACGUGCGCUCAACACUGACCCGCCACGAGAUGGUGCUUUGCGUUAUCUUGGCCAAGCAAUUCGCUCUUCAAUGCAAGGACAGGCAUGUGCAGCACACAGUGUACACGGCAGGUGCACAGAAACGCCAGAUUGUGCUUGUCCGAGUCGCGCCGAACGUGGCGUGGUUUGGGCUGGCCGGAAACUCUGUUCCAAACGCUGUCGUUCAGAGCACGGUCGUCGACAAGCUCUCGCUGUGGUGCAGCUGCACCGAUGUGAACCGGCUCGCUCGCUCAACGCUGGCGCUCGAGAACGCUUUGGUGGGGCCGUUGCUCGGGUAUUGCGCAGGGCGUCUCCAACCGUCGUCGCGACACAGCUCGUAUGUGUACUUUGGUGCACAGGACGACGCCGACCUCCGACUCCUGCGCCCCGACGACACCACAUUUCCUCACUCGCGCGACCAUGUACGGCUUUUGCUUCAGCAACACUAUCAGCAUCGCUUAAAUGACGGCGGUGCGUCACAUGACGACGUUGUGCAGCUGGCGCACCUCGCGCUGGUCUACGCAGUUCGUGCACCGCUGCAUUUUGUGUGCAUUUUUUACGCAGACGCGAGCACGAAUCGUCUCGACCAGGUGCUUGCCGCUACAGACAAUUUUCUCAACGUCUUGCUUUCCCAUUGA